UUUCGACUCGGCGCGCACGAUAUACGCAGUUUUUAUGUCAAUGUCCAGGCCAGCUCAGCAGCGAGAGCGAGACGGAGAUGGGUAUAAAGAGCAGUUGCGUGCAUCAGACUCGCGCAGGCAGCAUAGCGAUAUAAGCAUACAAGCAAAGCAGCAGCAAGGCUAAUAUCAAGGCGCUUAAUUAUCGCGCAAAGGGGGAGAAAAGUUGCGCGACGCCAGCGCCAGGACGCGCAGUAAAUAACUCUGUCUUUUUCUAAACUGCAGUUCCCGAAUGCGAGACUGAGGCAGUCAGCAGCAGCAGCAGCAGCACAGAAUAUACCUAUUUGUACCAGCAAUAGAGCGCACGAUAUAUAUUUACAUACACUGCUACUAACACAAGUCGGCCCGCCGAUGCGGCGAGAUUAAUCUUGAAAACAGAGACAGCGAAUGCCUCUACCGCACGCGCAUACAUAAAUAAACAAUCGAACGUAAACGCUUAUCGCGAAGCUCGUUUACCGCGCGAGUAGUGAUCGGAGCAAACGCGCGUGUUUUUGGGUGCCUGCGUGUGCCUUACUUUUAUUGUAUCACGCCGAGUGCAAGAGCUCUUCUCUCUGUAUAUAAAAUACGGAGCAGCUACCGUGGUGGUGUGUGGCCGCGAGUACGCGGAGUACUUAUAACCUACAAUAUAUAGGUAUCAGCACGGGAACGCGCUGUGCUUCGUCGCUGGCGUUCGUCUCGUCGUCGGAUGUAAACAGAGAAACACGGCGACAACAAUAAUAUACGCACGAUUAUUUUGACAUUUGAGAGUGGGAGCUUGCAAGCGAACGAUUCGAUGACUGUCGCUCGAUUCGACGUGGCUUUUUUGUUUACAUCUAGCUCUGCGAUCCGCUCUCGAUUUGUGCCCGCGGUGUGCAUGUAAGCCUUUGUGUGCGUGGGUGUCAGCGGAUCAUCGAUCGGUCGAAAAAAACUUUCUCUCGAUUUUUUUUUUCUCUUGAUUUUUUUUUUUCUCUUGAUUUUGACGCUUCGUGUCAAUAUUGCUGCGGUUAAAAAUCCCAACAACUAUAAUAUCAUCGACAACGAUAACAAUAGCAACGAUAAUGUGUCAAAAGAAAGGGAAUGAAAAUUGGAGUUCAACCGCUACAGUGUCAGUACCCAAGCCUUUGACGUAAACUUGUAAUUUACGCGACACGCAUACACGUGAAAAAAAGAACUGCUCCAAAUUCGAGUGGAUAAAUAAAGUCAGAGAUAAAUCAUACGCAGGCAGUCGUCCAAGCAUUUUUCCUGGUAAAGCCAAGGAGAGAGAGAUUUUUCGAGAGGAAAAGUAUAGAAUAAAAAAGGCGGGCAGCAGUUGCGUUCCGUUCUCGGUCAGGUGGCUCGAACAGGGGCUAUGUUGUUUUUUUACCUACACCACUGAUUCAGUAGUUACGCAGCAGCUCUCGAACAGCGAGAAAAAAGGACGACUUUUUUACGUAGUAGUGCGCGUCAGAAUGGAUCCUAUUGCCGAAGUUGUGAAGACAUUUCCUGAUUUAAAAAUCCAGAUCGACAGUCUACUGUCCUCUGCGCAGGGAGAAAAGGCCGCCGAUCGAGACCAGACGAGUAGCUCCAAGCAGCCUGCCAUGGAUGACGAGUACGGCAAGUGCAUGCCGGAUUGCUGCAAGUAUCAGGAGUUGGCCAACUACUCGAUGUGGGAGACGGGCCUCGACUGUCACGACGGACCCUCGGAGGUCGUCGAGCUCAUGCGCCAAAUCAUAGCCGAGCAGCGUCGAUGGGAUACUCAGAUCAGGCGACCCAUGAUCACCGAAAUGAGGGAGCAGUGGCUCUUGCUCACAAAACUCCAGAAAGCUCACGAUAAGCUGGUGGGUGGGGUUUCCGAUGACUCCGAAAACGAAGAGGAGUGCAAACGAUCCGGACAGAACGAGGCAGGCAGACUGAGGCCAGUUCAAUGUGACGGGGCACUUCCCAAAGCCAAAAGGCUAAAAACAGCUGAGACUGCUGCAAAUCAAGAACCCGAUUACGAUGACUAUCAGGAUGCCGAAUUCGCGAGGCUCGAAAGAUUAUGUGAAAAAUAUGGCAGUAGCGCGGGCAAAGAUGAUAAUUCAGAUGAUUUUGAUUUUCCCAACGAAAUAUUACAAUCGACGGCCGAUCAAGUAAUUAAUGUCGCAAGAAGAGUGAACGAAGCUAAAAGACACUUCGAUCGGCUGAAGCGUCGCUACGAGGUCGCCGAACAAAAACAGACCAGCUGGCUCUUGGACAGACUCAAAGAACUGAGAGAGAAAGACGGAAGUACUAUGUAAAUAUAGAUAGACAAUGAUGCAUACGGAAAAAGUUUUAUUUGUUCAAUGUAAAUGUUAGCUCGUUCGGUUAACUAUUACGAUAUUUAUGUUACGCUUAAUUUGUUAUGCGAUUUUUAAUAGAGGAAUGUGUGAUACUAUAAGCUAGCACGUACGACUUUACAUCUCUUAUAAUUAUAAGUAUCGAUUUUACUAUCGUAUAUUACGACAAUAAUUUAUGCACCUACCUGCACCAAACGAUGUUUUGAUGUUAAAUAUUUCGCGUGUAAAGUGUCCAUUAUUAUGUGUAUUUGUAAUGAAUAAUAAAGAAAGGAUCAUGAUUAAAGUACACUUAAUAAAUUUGUAACAUUUUUCUUAUUUUCAA